GUAUUUUUAUAUUUGAAAUGAAAAGGUAUGCGAAUUUCUUAUUUGGCCAUUAAAAUCAUUUUUUCUUCAAAAUCUAUUUUUCUAUUGAAGAUGGUGUUCACACAUAUGUACGUGGAUGCUUAUGAUUAAUCAAUCAUAAGGACAGAGCCAACGAAUACGGUCACCAAGUAAACAAACAUAAAUGUUGAUCCAACCAACAUUCCCAUAGUCAAAACUCAAAACUUGGUUCCAAAAAAACUAGUACAAGUUAAACUUCCACUUCCACUUUCUUUGAAAACUUCACAAUUAUAUUUUUCAAAUUCAAUGAGUGAAGAAAGCAAGGAAAGUCAUCAUCACCACCACCACCAAUUCCUCCGCCACCACCACGGCGGAGAAGACCAACCUCCCCCAUCGUCUUCCCCUGAAUAUGGAACUUUUGAAGCACCUUCUCAACCGGUGAUCGGAUUCCCUCAGCCGGUCCCACCACCCGGUGUCAGCGGGCAAGCUCCGCCUGAAUACUAUGCUCAUGGUUAUCAGGCUGUUCCAGGUUAUAUUGCUCCUGAUCCUGAAGGAAGACCUCAUGAGAGAGAGCAUCAUCGUCUUCCUUGCUGUGGAAUUGGUCUCGGAUGGUUCAUGUUCAUUGUUGGCUUCCUUCUUGCUGGUAUCCCUUGGUAUCUAGCUGCGUUUGUCCUGCUUUGUGCACAAAUUGAUCCUCGAGAGAAACCAGGAUACAUCGUGUGCACCAUUGCUGCUGUUCUCGCUACUUUUGUACUCGUAUUUGGUCUGUCGAAGACUUGAUUGGAGAGUGCUGAUCAAUCUGUGUGUAUACAUAUCGGAAUGCUAUCUGGCUUUGAUUAAUUUGCAUUUUUUUCAGUAAAAAUUGCAUAUCUUUGAGGAUUCCUUGUAUUUUAUGGUCUGCUUGUGAAUAGUGAUUUGUGCUUUUAAAAGUAUAUGCAUUUUGUAGCCA